CUCACACGGAGAGAUACAAAACGAACCAACACAGGACAGCAAACACAAGGACAUUAAAUAGGGAGACUAACAAAGGAAGAUAACAAUGGGCAGGUGUGGGUAAUGAGACACGGGUGGAAAGCUAUACGAGGAACGAGAGGGACGGGGCCAAAGACGGGACCGGAGAGAACGAAUAUUAAGUCAUGAUCAACAUUAAUAUGUUUCUCUCCACACAAAACCAAAGGCUUUGUCAUGACUCUGCCACAAGACCAAGAAAGACAUGACAUGAUGAGGCAGAGUCAUGACACUAUCAAUCCUUUUUGCAUAAUUUGCAAGUUGUUAUAUGAAUCAAAUUAUUUGCAAAUGUUGAACCAUUUCACUGAACCCCGCCUUCAUUUUUGCAUAAAGGCAGAAUAAAUAUGAUUAUUUUCCUUCUCUCAAUCACCACUGUCUGAAUAGGACCCAACUUUCCACAUCGCAUCUUCUCUAACAAGCAUCAUGGGGUGCACUGUGCUGUUGCUCCCUCUUGUGAUCUCUCUGCUUCCUGGCUGCCUGCCUGAUGAUACUGUGGACAUUACAACUCUUUCUAAGAUUCAAAACUAUAUUCACUACAGUUAUGAAAAAGGUGAGCAGUUUGCAGUAGCCAUCAAUGUCCCAAAGGAACAAUGUAAGGAUGGUUAUGACGAGUCAUCCUUUCUCAAAGAUGACAAAGGGGAAGACGUGAAACCUGUGAUAGGGAAGAAUAACAAUAACAUCUAUAACGGUAAAGAGCUUAUUGCAGCAGGUACUACUAAAGAUGGACAUUCAGAGUUUCUGCUGAUGGCCGAUAAUGGAGGAAUAUCAGCCUUGGAAUCCUUGUUGAAAAAAAGAGAGGCCGGUUGUGUGAUUUUCUACACCUUACUCUCUCCCUGCAUUGAUGGCUGUCUUCAAAAUGAAAAUAUUCUAUCAGGUCUUGAGAAAUUGAAAGAAUUCACAGGGAUUAAAGCUUUUGUUUAUACUCAUAUAUAUGAUGAAGACAAAAACAAAAAUUAUCUACAAAAUGAACUAAUGAAAAUUGCUGAUUAUGUGCCACUUUACAGGUGUGGCCCGAGAGUGGGAAACACAUGUGUCCAAUGUGGAAGUCCAGGCAUAGAUAGCUCCAAUUUCUUUCCACAGCUUUGUUUCCACUGAUCUAUAUAAAAGACUGGAUUGUGCCUAUAACGCUAAACCAACAGCAGGAGGUGAAGCAACUGGAAGCGUUCGCGCUGCCAUCUUGGUAUGUCCAACUGACAGAGAGCAUCAUUGACUUAGUCAAUAUGACGAUCUGAAAUAGCCCGUUUUUCAGCUUAUUAGGCACGCAAUACGUUUUUAGUUCACGUGUGUUUAAGUUAGUUGUUACUUCUGAUGUUUUUCCAAUGUUUAUUUUUAUUUUGGGCAGAAUAGCGACGUGUGUAGAAUGUGUAUUGCACACUGUUGUAAUGGCAAAUGUGUAAAUGUUUAGAAAUAAAGCUUCAUGACUUAAAAAACAUAUGCAGCCUGUAUUUAUCCAUAUUUAAAUUUCAGAAUAAGCACAUUUGUCACAUGUUAAGGUGUCUCGUGAGUCUGCUGAUCUGAUAUACGCUACUGUAAUGAAAAUGAACGCAAGUCACUCUAUAUCUAAUAAGACAGGAAAAUCCCUGACUUUAAAUAAUUAACCAUUUACAUGCUUAAGACAUUUGCGUUGUAAAAAUGUACUAUUAGACUUUAGAUGUAAAAACAGGGACUGGUAAGUUACUGUUUUAUCAUUAAUAAGUGAUAACUCGCUAUUAAUUUAAUAGAACGUUUGGGCAUACCAACAUGGCGGCGCGGUAGCUUCAGUGUAAUGACGUCAGUAGCAAUCCAGUCAUUUAUUUAGAUCAGUGGUUUUACCCCUUAAUGUUUUACAUUUCAAAAACAGAAAGCAAGACAUGCAAAUCAUAUAAACUUUUAUUUCUUACUUUGCCACAA